AUGCCGUCAACAUUGCCGUUUUCCACCCCACGGCUUCCGAAGCCUCUGUCCUCAAAUUAUUCAUUUGUCAGAGAUGAAUGGCCCGAGCAUCUCCUUCCAAUACGCGUUCAUAGUGUUCAAGGACAAGUUGAGAAUGCCGAAAACAUUUUGACUCGGGACGAACAAGCUGCAGCAACUUUGACGAGGCAGUCAGGGACAGAUCCCGAGCCAUGCAUUAUUCUCGACUAUGGGUUCGCCGUUGCUGGCAUCCCCUUCAUCAAAAUCCAAGGCAUCGAAUCUUCAACAACAGGACCGCUUAACAGUAAAGCCGCCUUAGACUUCACGGUCUCCGAAGGAUACCCCGGUAUUCUUCGUCCUGAUGGCGAUGGACCUUACCCAUUCUCCGCUGGCGCCGAUACUCGACGCCGUGUACGCUUCCGACUCAAAGGCCAAGGGUUGUAUGAGUCAAAAUACGUCCAGGGUAGUCAGCGCUGGCUGAAAUUGACUCUGGUCUCCCCAGCCCCAUUCUCUGUUCGCAUCGCGCUGGCUGGAUUCAUUCCUACGACUUCCAAUUUGCCAUUAAACCGUCUGCCCGGAGCGUUCCAAUGCUCUGACAAUUUUAUGAAUCAACUAUGGGAGUAUGGUGCAAGGACCUUACAGUUGAAUUGCAUACCUCCCCGAACUGUACCACCUCCAUGGCAGGUAUCCGAGGAUAUGGGUGUGCUCAUUGACUCCCAAAGAUGCAAUGCAUAUGGUUGGGGUGCGAAUUGGACUGAUUACGAAGUUAAAUUUACCAGCAUGAUACUAGAUGGUGGAUUGGCCUGGACUGUGCGUGCAAAAGCAGGUCCUCCCAGCGUCAUUUUUAUCAUCAAUAUUGGAGUUCACAAGACAACGCUCGAGCAGUGGUUUGGCUACUAUAACCAGCCUCAAAUUACUCUCGAGCCUCGGCUCAUCUCCACAGUUGACAUCACCCAUAUCGGGUUGGAACUGGGAAACUGGUUUGCAGUGAAAACUAUUUGUGUUGGAACGGCUGAUUUCAAGAUUAUAAUUGAGGAUUGUGAAGCUGCUGUAUUCAAGCAGGGGACUCUUAAGGCUGAAGGAUUUGGAGCAUUUUCAUCCUGUCCACCUGAUGAAUUUCCACAGCAACUGAAAGGCUCAGUUGGGAUUGGUGCAGGAAAUGACCAGCUUUGCCGCUUCAAAGAUAUGUCCGUGACUUCGGUCCCAGAUGGAGAGACGCUCUAUGAGUCCGGAUUGAACAAUCCGGCUGUCCUGGCAGAUUUUGGUAUUGGGUGGAAUCAGUUUGCCUGGAUAUCCGAUGGUGCGAAGCGAGAUAGGUAUCCCUGGACAGCGGAUAUCAUAAUCGGCGGGCGUUCUCUGUACUAUUCCACUGCUGGUGUGGAGUAUGUCCGAGGAAAUAUCGUGACUUCGAUGCUGCGCACUGGCACAUCCCUUCUCUCUGGCGGAGGUCCACCCGGUCGUGAUCUCACACGCACUGCCAAAGAUGAGAUGUUUAAUGUUCUCACAGUGAAUUAUUCUCUAUAUCUUCUCUUAGUAAUUUAUGACUUUUGGAUGCAUACUGGGGAUGAUUCACUGCUCGAGAUCUGCUGGGAAAGAAUCAAAGGUUGUCUUGCAUACACCGAGGAUCGCAUUAACGAGAGAGGUCUUCUGGAGGUUUAUAAUAUGGAUGCCGGUGACUAUGACUACUACAACGGCCUUCAAGAAGGAGUAUCAACCAAGCGCAACGCUCUAUAUGUCACCGCCCUACGAGCCUGCGCUGCAAUAGCCAAAUCCUCAGCCAUUUUCGACCAAGAACUCAGUCUUCGUUACGAGAGCUACGCAAACAGAACUUUCUCGUCAAUCCAGGAACACUGCUUUGACAAAGAAUCACGACAAUUCAUCAUCACAGAAUCUCGCAAAGAAGGAUUUCAACAAGAAGCACACGCAUGGCUCAUCAGUCAGGGUAUUCUCCCACCACACCUACUCAGCGAGACUUUCCAGAACUUCAAUCGCCUCACUAGCACCACACACAACGGCGCGCCACUAUCCUUCACACCUGAUACCCCUAGCGUACCCCGAGUCAUCUCCCCUAUCAUGUCCGCAUUCCAAAUCGAAGCUGCGAUUCACAGUGGACGGUCUCAAGACGCCGAAGACAUACUCCGUAAAGUCUGGGCUCCAAUGGCAGAUAAAACGAGUCCCCAUUUCACAGGAACAACAUGGGAAUUCCUCAAGGAAGAUGGGACACCAUUCAAAGAUGACUUUUGCUCAUAUGCCCAGCUCUUCAGCGCGGGACCGACAUAUUUACUGUCCCGCUACGUGCUCGGUGUUGAGUCCGUGGAGGCUGGGUUCAAGAAGUUUAUUAUAAGUCCGCGUUUGGAAAUUGCGGGGUUGAAAUGGGCGCAAGGUAGAGUCCCUACGCCGGUGGGCAGCUGUAUUGAGGUUCGUUGGCAAAUGUUUGAUGGCCGUGGAUGGAGAAUUGAGUGUACCAGUCCUGGGGGACUGAGUGGACGGUUGAUUGUUUCUGAAUAUGUGUGGAGUAGAAGGUCUGAGGUUUUGGUUAAUGGGGAGACAUACAAGGGAGGGGAGGAGAUUGAUAUUCCGGUUGGGGCAUUUAUUGAUGUAGAGGUUAUUUUUUGGUGA